AUGGCCGCCUGCUACGAGCAUGUCAAGGAAUGCUGGGCCCAGUCUAUCAUGGGCAACCACGACGACAAUGUCUUUGGCAACUCGGUCGAGGUCGUCUCUGCGCGCCCCGGUCGUGCCGAGCUCAAAAUGAAGGUCCAGGAGAGGCAUCUGAAUGGCCACGGGAACGUGCACGGCGGCGUUGUCAUGACUCUCGUCGAUGACGUGACGUGGCUCGGGAUGCAGACGCUCGGCCUGCCCAAGAUCCGCAGCGUGAGCACCAACAUUUCGUGCGAGUUUGUGCGGCCAUCAGGCCGGCUCGGCGACGACCUGUAUAUGGUCUCAGAGCCCGUCAAGAUCGGCCGGAGACUCGGGUUCCUCCGCAUCACAUUCUACGAUAUGAAGGGUCAGGUUUGUGCGUAUGGGACGCAGACUGUCGCUAUCGACGCAGACCAGGAGGCGUUCACACACAAGUUCUCGGCGGACGGGUCGGAAUUGCUCAAAGUCUCAAAGGAGAAGGGCGAUAUCCUCCCGUCGACCGAGGACAAGCCCAAGCUUUAG